AUGGACCUUCCCACCCCAACAUUCUCUUUCCACCUUCCCUCGGUUCAUGAUGGCUGCAAGCUGGAAUGUCGACUGUAUCUCCCGGCCCAGUUCCAAAAUAUAGAAUCGUCAACGCACCCACCCAUUCGCGGAGCUAUUAUCGCCCACCCUUACGCACCACUUGGUGGAUGCUAUGAUGAUCCCAUCGUGGGGUUUGUCGGUGGCGAGCUUCUACAGGCAGGGCACAUCGUGGGGACAUUCAAUUUUCGAGGGGCCGGGGGUUCUGAAGGACGGACCAGCUGGACUGGGAAGCCUGAGCUAGGGGACUAUGCCUCCUUGUAUGGAUUCAUGCUGAACUAUCUACAAGCUUUGCAUUCUGUGCUCGUGGCCAGAGAGAACGUCCCCUCCAGCGAAGCCGUCCACCUGGUGAUCGGUGGAUAUUCAUUUGGAUCGCUCAUCGCCUCGCAUGUCCCGACACUUGAUGUCAUGCUUGACCUGUUCUGCAACGCAACAGCGCCCCCAAUGACACCAAUCUAUGAGAUUGGCAGAGCAGCGCAGAAGAUCGCUACGCAGUCUACGCGGCAUCUGCCCCCAGCAAAAGAGAGUCAGAACAACCAGGCUGACCAACCUGCGCCCCGCGCGACGACUACAAUCUCCUACCUCCUCGUGUCACCAUUACUCCCACCCGUGAGCCAGCUUCUGACUGCAUUCUCCGCCCUAUCAGUAAACGUGGGGGGCAAAACGUCAGCUCAGGCCCGACCCGCUGGCCAACCAGCCGACCAGCUGAGUGCGCACCGGACGCUGGCGCUAUUUGGGGAUCAGGACACUUUUACAGCUGCCCGUAAACUGCAGCGGUGGUCAGUCGAGAUGGGCCGCAUGCCGCAGAGUCAGUUCCAGGGCUGCGAGAUCGAGGGUGCGGGGCAUUUUUGGCGCGAGAAUGGUGUGGAGAUGCGGGCGAGACGGGCUAUCCAAGAAUGGCUUCGAUCUUGA